AUGUUUACAAAACUACCAGCUUUAAAAAGCCCCUCCAUUCGUCAACCACCUAAUCCAAAAGAUGCACAAAAACAAAAAAAUAAAACGUCACCAACCACACCCAAAAGCUUACCCAUAUCAAAUUCAUUAAAAAGCACAUCAAAUCCUAAACCGCUACAUCAAAUGUCACCAAAAAAUUCACCCAACGUCAACACUUCAACCAGUUCUAUCAACACGGAUAUCAACAAAAAAUCAUUCGCCUCAACUGUAGCAAACAGCUUAAUACCCAAAAAAGACCAAGCUUUAUUAAUCGAUAUAGACGACAACAUCCCACACAAAGAUUACAUCAUUGCAAUCGGCAAAUUAGUCCAACCGUCUAAUAUUCUAUUUGCGUCCCGUAUAUCUAAAGGUCGCUUAUGUAUAUUCCUAUCAAGCAGCUCAUUAGUAAAUAAUCUAAUUGAUAACCCAUUUAUCACAAUACUACAUCAACAAUUCAAAUUACGAAAAUUUUUCAAUCCGAAUAAAAGAAUAAUAUUAUCUAACGUAUAUCCUAUUAUACCGCCUGACAUAAUCGCAAACGAAUUUAUCAAAUUAAAUAUACCUCUUUAUAGCCCUACAACACAGCUAAGGGCCGGAAUUCAAGUUGAAGACUUCACGCAUAUUUUAAGUUUUCGUCGACAAACUUUUAUCCAACAUGACGAUCUUAUCAAACUCCCACCUUCCAUACUUAUAAAUUACGAAGACACCAACUACAAGAUCUUUUUAUCAGAUGACUCUCUAACCUGCUACUUGUGUAAGGCCCAAGGUCACAUUGCGUCUCAUUGCUCAAACCAGAUUAAUUCACCCAACAUAAUGUCACAGGUAAACAACGAUCAACCCAUUGCAAACACACCGUCUAAAUUAGACGCCUCGUCAAACACAUAUAAUACCCCUAUAGUACCUACCUCCACAUCGAACACCGACACAUCUCCCCUUGAAACACCCAAUAUCACUUCUGAGCCUACACUGCCAUCAAAUCUUCCACCAACAUCAUCGAUCACAUCAAAACCAACACUUCAAAAUUUAGAUGUGAUUCCAAACUCUGACGUUAUCCUAAUGGAAAUUGAUCAACCAACACGCAAUAAAAGAUCUCUCCCCGACUCAUUUCUAACUCACUCUCCACCUCCAUCUCCAUUAGAACCAAAUGUAAACUCAAAAGCAAUGCCUGCUCCACAAAACCCAAUUACAAUCUGUAACAUUUACCUCCCUAACCAAUCUCUUUUCACCGAAGCAGACUUAAAAAACAUCAUUCAACAACUCCCUCCGCCGUUCAUUCUCCUAGGUGACUUCAACAGCCACAACAAAUUAUGGGGCUGCAUAACUACAAACACUAGAGGGAAAAUAUUCGAAUCGGUCAUAGAUUCUGAAAACCUAAUUACACUGAACAACGGUAAACCAACUCAUUUUGGCACAGCAUCCGCUCCUCACCUUACAUGGGACACAUUAUCUCAUCCAUAUGGAAGCGACCACUUGCCCAUAAUCACGAAAUUAACGUACAGAAAUACAGAAGACAUUCAAGUAGAAAUAGCCAACUUAACAAUAGGACAAACUAUAUUCUCAGGUAGAAAGCCCCCAGUUCCUUGGUGGAACUCUCAUUGUAACGAAUCUAUCAAAUCAAAAAAGACGGCCUUCAACAAAUUUAAACGCACUAAAUCCCGAGAUGAUUUCAUAGAAUUCAAAAAACGCAAAGCCCAAGCCAGACGUACAAUCAAAGACAGCAAAACAACGACAAACCCAAAACAAAUAUGGAAUAAAAUUAAGGCUUUUAAAUGCAUCAACAAAUAUGACAAUAUACAAAUCCUCAAAAACGAAAAUGACACAAUAUACUCAGAACCUUCAGAAAUCGCAAACGAACUUGGCUCCUUCUUUUCAAAAGCUAGUAGUACUGAAACCUAUCCCCUUGAUUUUCAAAGAUACAAAUGCGCUCAAGAAAUUGUACCUAUCAAUCUCUAUCAAAAUCAAGACAAUACUCAUAUUAAUAGUCCUCUCACUAUCCAAGAAAUGGAAACAGCCCUCAGUUCCAAGAAAAGCAAUGCUUGCGGAAUAGACCAUAUACCUACGAUGUUUCUUCUCAAUCUUCCAAAAAACGGAAAACUCUACCUACUCAAGAUCUUUAAUCAUAUUUGGAUGGAAAAUCAGUACCCAACAACAUGGCUAACCGCGAUAAUCAAACCGAUCCAUAAACCCAAUAAACCAAAAAACCACGUAUCUAGUUACCGUCCUAUAUCCAUUAUAUGUUCCAUGACAAAACUACUAGAAAAAAUUAUUAACUCAAGACUAAUGUGGUACUUAGAAUAUAACAAUCUAUUAUCCAAUCUUCAACAUGGUUUCCGAAAAAAUAAUUCUACAUUGGACUCUUUAGCAAUUAUUGAAAAUGAAAUUAAAGAAACUUUCAAUCAAAAUCAAUACUUGGUACUACUCAGCCUCGACUUACAAAAAGCUUUCGACACUAUAUGGCGCCACCGUCUUAUUAAAUACAUGGUACAGCUGAAUCUUAAGGGUAACAUAAUUAACUUCAUCACAAAUUACCUCUCAAAUAGAACAAUACAAGUAUCUAAUAAUGGUGCACUAUCUUCCCCAUUCAUUCUUCAUAAUGGCAGCCCUCAAGGCUCUCCUCUAAGUUCAACUCUCUUUCUUUUGGCUAUCAAUGACCUCCCAUCUAUCAUAAAACCCCCAAACAAAAUCACAAUGUACGCAGAUGAUAGUAACAUAUUUUUCAGGGGAAAUAAUCUACCAACUUUAUUUCAGCAGAUACAAAAUUGUAUAAACCACCUACUACAAUGGAGUAAAACUUCUGGUUUUACUUUCUCUCCAAUCAAAUCUCAAUUCAUUAUUUUCUCAAAGAAAAACAUCCCCUACAGUCCAUCUCUUAAAAUGGAAAACACGAACAUUCCUCGAGUAUUCAACAUAAAAAUACUAGGCUUAACCUUUGAUUCAAAACUAACAUGGCGAACUCACAUAAACAACAUAAAAAAUGAGGCAAAAUCUAAACUCAAUAAAAUAAAAACACUAAGUAACCUCGAAUGGGGUGCAGAAAGCAAAACAUUACAGACAAUACACAACUCAAUAAUCCUCUCAGCACUAGAAUAUGGCUCAAUACUAUAUGCAGGAGCAUCUGCGGUAACAAUCAAAACUUUAGAUCCUAUUCACAAUACAGCCCUAAGAUUGUCAAUUGGUGCUUUCAAAAGCAGCCCAGUUCUCAGCAUCAUAAACAUCACAGGCUCUAAAUCACUUGAAAAAAGGAGAAUAAAACAUACAUUGGAAUACUCUUCAAAAACAUUAAUAGCAACAAAAAAUCCCUUCAGCACUAUAUUAAGAAACUCAAUCAACCAAUUCCAAAAUAACGAUAUAAACAAUCUUGGCACUCGUACAGCCACCUAUGCCUCAGACCUCAAUAUUACUUUUACAAACCAAAUUAAUCCUCAAGUCUCUGAACAACCACCAUGGAUUACCUCAAAUCUUCUCAUCUAUCUCAACCUAACUGAACACAAAAAAAAAGAAACCGAUUCCUACAUUUACAAAUCAAACUUCUUCGAUCUAAAAAACAGUCUUCCACCACAUCAAGAAAUAUAUAUUGACGCAUCCAAAAACACGGAAGGAACUGCUAUCGCAAUAAUCCAGCCAAACUCCCAAACAGCAUUUCAAAUCCCAUCAUACAACUCAAUCUAUACAGCAGAAUAUCUAGCUCUUUUAAAAGCCACAGAAUUAGCUGCCUCCUCGGAUAGCCAAUCUUCAACCAUAUACACAGACUCUCUCAGCGCCCUCACAAACUUAGCAAAUCCACAAAAAAACAACCCAAUAGGCAACCUAAUAUUAAACAUUAUAAUCUUAUCCAAAAAAGACAUCAGAUUUCUAUGGGUACCUGGACACAACAACAUACCUGGUAACGAAAUUGCAGACGAAAUGGCCAAAAGGGCAACGAAAGAACCAACUGAUUUCUGGAAUAUAACAACACAUUUAGAUACAAAACUCCUUAUAAACACUAACCUCGACCAAACCUGCCUUCAAGAAUGGAGAUCAGUAAGAAGCAACAAGCUAAGAGAAAUAAAAUCAUCCACCCUCCCUUGGUUGCCUGACACAUCACUCCCGCGUAGACAUCAAAUCGUACUCAACAGAUUACGAAUUGGCCAUACACGUUACACUCAUGAACAUCUAAUGAGCAAAAAGGAUCAACCAAUAUGCACCUCAUGCAACACCGUGACCACUGUCAAACACCUUCUAACAGAAUGCCUCCUCACAAAAGACACCAGAGACAAACUCAUGCUCCCAAGCAACCUUUGUGAAAUACUAGCACCAAACACGGAAAGAACAUCUUCACUCCUAGAACUUCUCAAAGAAACAAACCUUCUGCAAAAAAUAUAA